CAACUGUAAACAACCAAAAAUUAUACGGAACCUUGAGCUUGCCGCAAAGAAAUGCCAAAAAUGUGCACACAGCACAAAAACGUUUAGUGCGAAAGUGGAAAAUAUUAACUUGCGAGUGCACGUAGUGUAAUUACGAAUUUGCGAGUUAUGGAGAAUUUCAUAGCCGAUGCGGCUGAAAAAAUGGAGGCGCCGCGCAAGCGACUCGGAAGACCACCGAAAAACAAUAGCGGCAAUCAAUUAGCUGGAGCUGAGACACCAAGCAAUGAUGAAUUGGAUGCCACUGCCACGGCAGCAGACACAUCAUGCAGACGCAGCACACGAAAGAAAAUUGCCAAAUUCGAUGUGCUCGAUGUGCUGAACAAAAGCCGCAAAACGCACAAAAUACAAAUUGAGGCACGCAUCGAUUCCAAUACGCCAACCACCAGCCAGAAUGUGGCAACUCCAAGCUCCACACAAGGCCUCAGCUCGCCAAUCAAUCGCUUCAUUGCCGCUCGAGCAGCACCGCAACCAACGCCAACGCCUUCUGUGCCCGCCCUGGAGCUGUUCACGAAGCCUAAGCCAACGCCCAGCUUGAUUGUGUUGCAGGUGAGCAGCGAUAAGUCGCAAGAUUUGCCACAACGUAAACGUGGUCGUCCACGCAAGCAGCUAUCCAUGGACAACACUUCCAGCAGCAGCAGCAGUCCACAAGUGGAAAUAAAUGCGGAAAUUGUGACCAGUUUGAGUGGUGAAUCUUCCGACUCGGAUCUGGGAGUUGUAACAUCAAAUGUGCCCGCAAAUCUGGAGUUGCAAGAUGACAAUGCCUUGGAGCCGUCUCAGGCAUCCAACGAUGCGGAGACAGAGAUCAUAACUGUGCUGCAGUCCGAUGAAGAAGACUCCGAUUCGCAGAUUAUUUUUGUGGAGAUUGAAACGGCAACUUCAGCGACUGGCGAGGAGCAAGAAGAUAGCAACAAUCCAGCUGAGCAGCACAGCUUCAAAUUGAUAUUCCCCAAGGGCGAGAAUGCGGAGGAGGAAGUGGAGGCAACACCUAACGAUUCAAAUCCCUCAGAUCAAGAGUUUAUUGCGGCUGUUGAGGAAAAGCUAGCCAAGGAUGAAGAAGAGGAACAGCCAGCCACUGAGCUGGAGCUGAUAACUGAAGAGCUUAGCGAACAGGCAAGUGUCUGCGAGAUUGAGGAGGAAGUGCUGCUGUUGGAGCAAGCAGAUCAGCUGAUAGAGGAGACGCAGGCUGAGGAGGAUGUAAAUAUGGACACAGUAGAGGAUGCUAAAGUGAAGAGCGCUGAAGAUGUAAGGAUGGAGACGGAAGACGAAACAAAACAGGAGAUUAUGGAAGAAGAAAAGAAGGAGAGAGUUGAUGAGGAUAUGGAGACUGCAGAUGAAGCAAAGCAGGAGACAGAAGAUGUGAAAAUGGAGAAAGUAGAUGAAGCAAAACAGGAGACUGUAGAUGAAGCAAAGCAGGAGACUGUAGAUGAUGUAAAUCAGAAGGCCACAGAUAAAACAAAGCCGGAGACAACGUUUAAUGUAGAUGAACCAAAACAAGACUUAAAAGUUGCUACCAAGUUGGAGACUGUAGAAGAUGAUGUAAAGUUGAUUGCUGAUGUUAUCAACGAAACACCAAAAGAUUGCCCUAAGGAAGAAGUUGAAGAAAAGCAGCAGCCACAGGAGAAGAAGACACAGCCAUCAGCAGCAGAAAAAGUAAUCCCGAUAGAAGAGGGGACCAAGAUCUCAGAAAAAAUCCUAGAGCAGCCUGAACAAAAGCCAACGACUGAGACCAGCAAACCAAAAGCUGUCGAACAACCAAAGAAAGAUGACAUUAAAGUCACUUCAGAAUCUGCGCAAACUGAAGUUGCAGCUGAGUUGCCUGCCACAGCAAUUGAAAUGAAACUGACAACUGAAGUGACAGACAAAGAAAUCAAAAUGAAAGCAACAACAAAAGAGCCUGAAGUCAAGCAGGCCAAGAAGGAGCCACCUGCAAGUGAAGACACUGCAAUUGAGACGCCUCCAAUGAAGACGGAGCCAAGUAGCAGUAGCAAAGUCGAAGUCAUGGAAAGUCGCAACACCGAGAAGAAGAAACCAACUGAAAGCCCAGGACCUAGUCCGAAACGGGAGAAAUCUUCCACGCCUGCCAAGCUGCCGAUUGUGGAAUGCGAUGCGCUGUUCAAGGUGCUGGACGAGGCUAACGCACAGAUGCGUCAGGAGGAGAAGACUAAAAAGAAGCUCAAGCAGUCGGCCAAGAAGCAGAAGCAGGAGACCAUCAAGCAGAGUUCACCCACACCGCCAACGGCAGCCACAUCGCGUGGCAAGAAGACGCAGAGCAAGAAGGCUUCACGACGCAAUACCAUCAGCAGCGAGGAACAGCAACAGCAGCAGGAGAAGGAAACGCCUUCAGUGGCCACCAAUAAACGUCGCAAUUCGCUGCAUCCCUUCAAGGCGUCGCCAAGUCCCGAGCGUCGCCCCGAGUCGAGCGGCAAGAAAGCCAAGGAAAAGAAGCCGACACGCAAGUCAGCGACAGCGAAGGAAACAACAGAGACAACGGUUACAAAGGCAGAGCCAAGUCGCCGCAUUUCCACGCCCACCUCUGAGGCGGAGGAAUCCUUUUUGUUAGGCGACAUAGCCAAGUUCAUUGAGGAUGGCGUCAAGCUGCUCGAACGGGAUUACAGAGUAGAGGAUGAGCAACAGCAGCAGCAACAACCGGAAGAGCCGGAGCAACAAAAGCAGGAAGAGCAGCAAGAAGAUGAGUUUGCCACGCGCGUGGCAAAUCUAGAGACGCCAGCCACCACACCGACACCCUCGCCCGCUGUCAGCACCGAGGAUUUGUCAUCGGGCGUCCGACGUUCGCAUCGCAUCAAGCAGAAGCCGCAGAGCAGCAAAUCGUCACAGGGACGCGGGAGCAGCGCGCACACGCCGUCGAUUAGCAUGGAGCAGCAGUUGUCGGAGUUGGCGCACAUCGAGGCCAUCAACGAGCAGUUUCUGCGCCACGAGGGACUGAACACAUUCCAAACGCUCCGGGACAAUUACUAUCGCUGUGCUCGCCAGGUGAGCAAGGAGAACGCGGAGAUGCAAUGCGAUUGCUUUGUCACCGGCGAUGAGGAGGGCUUGGGACAGUUGCCUUGUGGCGAUGGCUGCAUCAAUCGCAUGCUGAUGAUCGAGUGCGGUCCGCUGUGCACGAAUGCGGAUCGCUGCACCAACAAGCGCUUCCAGCAGCAUCAGGGCUGGCCUUGUCGUGUCUUUCGCACCGAGAAGAAGGGUUGCGGCAUCACCGCCGAGCUGCAAAUACCGCCCGGGGAGUUCAUCAUGGAGUACGUGGGCGAAGUGAUUGACAGCGAGGAGUUUGAGCGACGUCAGCACUUGUACUCUGAGGAUCGCAAUCGUCACUAUUACUUUAUGGCGUUGCGCGGCGAAGCCAUCAUCGAUGCCACAUCCAAGGGCAACAUUUCGCGCUACAUUAAUCAUAGCUGUGAUCCGAAUGCCGAGACCCAAAAGUGGACAGUCAACGGUGAAUUGCGCAUCGGUUUCUUCAGUGUGAAAACCAUUUUGCCAGGUGAGGAGAUUACAUUCGAUUAUCAAUAUCAACGCUAUGGACGUGAUGCUCAGCGUUGCUAUUGCGAGUCGGCGAAUUGUCGCGGCUGGAUUGGCAACGAACCCGAGUCGGAUGAGGGCGAGCAACUGGACACGGAUAGCGAAAGCGAACAGGAGUCACUCAACGAGGAGCCACGCCUCGAGCAGGAACAAAACAAAACCAAACCCAGCAAAGGAGCGAAGACCAAGGCACAAUCCAAGUUGCCCGCAGCAGCGCGCAAGAAGCGCAAGGAGCAGCCCAAGGCCAAGGAUCGCGAGUACAAAGCCGGACGUUGGCUCCGUCCAUCGGGCGGCAGCAGCGGUGAGAAGUCUGCGAGCGGUAAACACGAUCACGUCGAAGAUCCGGAUGUGCUGGAGCAGCUCACGUUGCUCACACGCAGCGGGCUCAAGAAUCAGCUGGACACAUUGCGUUUCUCGCGUUGCAUGGUGCGCGCCAAGCUGCUGGAGAGUCGCCUCCAAUUGCUGGGCGUGCUCACACGCGGUGAGUUGCCCUGUCGCCGUCUCUUCCUCGACUACCAUGGACUGCGGUUGCUGCAGGCGUGGAUUAGUGAGAGCGGCAGUGAUCAACAGCUGCGUUUGGCGCUGCUCGAUGCCCUCGAAUCGCUGCCCAUACCCAACAAGACCAUGUUGAACGACAGUCGCGUCUAUCAGAGCGUGCAGCUCUGGAGCAACCAGUCUGGAGAGCCGGCCCAACCGGACAUGGAACGCAUCUUGGCGCUGCUGCAAAAAUGGAAUGGUCUGCCGGAGAUCUUUCGCAUACCGAAACGUGAGCGCAUCGAGCAGAUGAAGGAGCACGAACGAGAAGCGGAUCGUCAGCAACAAGACAAACCGGCACUGGAGGAGAGCAACAGCGCCUCGUCGGUGCUAAGCAGCGAUCGUUAUCGUCAGGAUCGCUUCAGGCGCGACACGAGCAGUCGCUACGAGAAGUCGAAGCCGCCGUCGCGUAUGAGCGGCAACAAUACCAUUUGCACCAUCACGAGCACUGCCAACUCCGAGGGCGCCAACGGCGGAGGCGGCGGCAAGUCCGAAAGUCGUCGACGCUCCGAGUUUGAUCCACGUCGCGCCAUCACCAAGGAAAUGCGUCGAUCGCUAUUCGAGCGCAAGGUCGCCCAGGACGAAGCAGAGAAGCGUGUAGGAAGCGAGGACUUCCGUGAGCACGAGCUACGCUGCGAAUACUUUGGCGCCGAUCUCAACACCGAUCCUAAGCAGCUGCCCUUCUAUCAGAACACUGAGACCAACGAGUGGUUCAACAGCGAUGAUCAGCCGGUAGCAGCUCCUUUGCGUUGUGGUGACAUUACUGAACCACCUUCACCCGAAAGUCCCGCCGAUGUGGAGUACAAGUUGCCACCCAACAUCGAACCGCUGCCGCUCUCUUGGACCUGGGCACGUACCCCAGAGGGUGACAUCUACUAUUAUCAUUUGCGUGAUCGCGAGCCACAGUGGGAGCCACCAACCGCCGAGCAGCGUCUGCAGAAGCUGGUGGAGGAUGUGCCGGAGCCGGUGCCAGCAACGGAAACUGACGACGAAGCUAACGCGGAUCAUCUGAUCAAAGUGGACAUUGAUUUUGGAGCACAACUCAGUGCAGCGGCCAUGGAUCACUUGGUGGAGAUCAAGGUACGCGAACGACGCGAGAAGCGACGCAAUCGUCUGGUCUCAGUGCGUGUUAUAAGUCCACGACGUGAGGAGGAUCGUCUCUACAAUCAGCAGGAGUCGCGUAAGUACAAGGAGAACAAGGAGAAGAUACGACGCCGCAAGGAAGUCUAUCGUCGCACACGUAUCGAGACCAGUGCCACAGAGGCCGACGAUGAGGAUCAGCCUGCUGAUGCGUUGCCCAUACAUCGCUACCUCUAUUCAUCGGACGAGGAGGCCACCACAGAUGGCGAUUGUCUGCCCGAAGCCGAGUCGGAGCAGGAACCGGGACGUUCUAGCGAAACUGAAUCGAUGGGCAGCUCUAAGCGCAAGCUUCCCAUUCCGGAGGGUCUAAAGAAGCACCGCACCGAACGCGACAAGAAGCGCAAGACCGCUAGCAUUGCUCGCGAGGCCAGCGAUAAAUUUCACUUUGAGAUCAGCGCUCAUGUGGCCGAAUUUCUGCGUCCUUAUCGCCAAGAGACUUGCCAGUUGGGUCGCAUCACAAGCGACGAGGACUACAAGUUCCUCAUAAAGCGGCUGAGCCAUCACAUUACCACCAAGGAGACGCGCUAUUGUGAGGCGACCAGCAACCCUUUGGCUUGCACCGAGUCAGUAAAGCACAAGUCCUAUGACUUUAUCAAGCAAUACAUGCGCAAGAAGGGACCCAUCUAUAAGAAACCUUCGGAUAAAAUGGACUAAACUCAACUUCCAGUUAAUUUCCUUCAAGGGAAACUACGUACUAUUAACGAAAUAUCGAAAUAUUGAAAAUCGUUUCUUUAUCAUUUAUUUUAAGUUAUUUUUAAGAUCUAUACCCUAAGGAAGGGUAAAAUGUGAAGUACUCUCUUUUUGUUAUAACCAUAAUAAAUAAUCAAAAUAGACAACAAAUAAUUGCAUUUAAUUGCUUAAUAUAUCUUAGUGUGUUCAUUAAAAUAUGUAUACUUACGAUAGUAAGUGAAGUUGUUGAUGAAGGAUUAUACUGAAAUUAUAAAAAAGAGAAAAAAAUAAGAGAUGGUAAUAUUCAUUGACUUGAAUAAGAUAAAAAUACAAACAAAACAUUUUAAAAAGUAAAUCUAAAAACAGUAUGUACUGAAAAUAUCAUAAUUCACUUUUAAAACAUUAAAUUCUGAGUAAUACAAAGUUCGGGUGAAACUUUAAAAACUAUUUUAACUACUUUGAACUUCUCUUGAUGUAUAAUUUGAAUGGUGCAAUAGAAAACGUAGAAGCUAUACCAAAUAUUUCAAGAUUUGUUUACAAAUUCACUAAAAAUAGCAACAACAGCGCACACACACACACAGACGCAAACGCACGGCAUAUGAUCGUAAGCAAGAGAAUGAGAGAGCGCGAACGGAGAGCGUAAACUCUCGCGCUCAGUAAACAAGUUUGAACAACUCGCCAAACCUGAUUUUCCACCCGUCUCAGAGAGAUUGGGAGGUCGAGUCAGUUUCACCAAAUGACUGCAACGCUCCACACGUUCCGUGCGCAACGAUCGAUUUUUUGUUGUCGACGCUUUUUAGGUGUUUGUGUGCCUAAAAACCUGCUGCAUAUUUGUCAAAAAUACAAGGCAUUGCCAUAUCAACGAACAGCAGAGCGCACGCUGGAGAGCGGUUAAAAAAGAGUGAGAGAACGUGCGAGUGUCGGAGAGAGAGGCGCGUUUAAAAAGAGAGAACAAAAGUGAGAGCGACCGUUAGCUGUUGUUGUGCUCUAUUGCUUUUUGGAUGUGUUGCUCGUGUUGUUGUUGUUGUUUGCUGUGCUGAUUGUGGGGUAUGUGCGAGCGCCUGGAAAUAAGCCUGCCAAUGUCUGACGAUGACGGCAGCCAAUAUGGCGGCAGUGGAAGUAGCUCACUGCGUAUACGUAAUGUGCUCACGCUAGAGGAGCGUGUGGAGGCCAUCAGGCAAUACGAUAUUGUGCCCAUGUACAGCAAGAUUGCGAAGAAUUUCAACUGCAGCUGGGAGCAGAUCAAAAGCAUUGUGUCCAAUCGCGAGUUCUAUUUCAUUUAGAGUUCUAUGAGGCAACACGGCACAACAGCAAGCAACCAAAUUCCAAAUUCGAGGAGCUGCGUCGCCGCAAACUUAACUUUCUGGGCCAUUGUAGGGGUAGUAGGUUACAGCUUUGCAUGUAGAAGGAGGCAUCUCUGACCCCAUAAAUCCAUAUAUUCGUGAAUCAAUCACUUUAAAGCUGCCUACAACAUAACGCUCUCGAAUCGGGAAAUUAAGAUGGCAUACCAGACACAUUGGUUGGUUCCCGACGUUCAGUUCGAGUUAAUCCACACGCCACUUGGAACGAUGCACCGGUUGUCCUUGAAUCUGCGAUACGAACAGCGAGAGCAACCUUUGGGCAGCAUUACGCCGACGUCUAAAAAAGACGGAACCGACGCGUUUUGUGGAACCGACGCGUUUUGUGCAUGCGCCCAAGGUGGAGUCAAACCCAGAGACAGAAGUGGUCACUGUUGGGGAUGAUGAUGAUGAUGAUGAUGAUUGCGUUGUCAUUGAAGACGAAAUAGAAAUCAUAGAAAUUAAAGACGAGGAUGACUAGGAGGUGGACCCCCUCGCUUUUUGACCCCCUCCCCCAAA